AUCAGCUUCAUCAUGAUUCUCAGCGGACACCAAGUCAUCACCCGCCAACUAGUCCAUAAUCUACGCAACAUCACCCAGCAGCAACAGCCCUGCGGCGUCGACCUCACUCUGCGCCAAGUGUCCAAAUGGACCUCACCGGCCACCAUAGACUUUGAUAAUACCAAACGCCAAGCAGCCAAAACGUCUAUCCUGCCUUUCGACAACACCAAUCAGUCAAUCACACUCCAACCAGGCGCCUACUUGGUAGAUUUCAACGAGACCGUUCGAAUCCCACGGAAUUGCAUGGGGAGCGUUUUCCCUCGAUCGUCGCUUUGGCGCUCUGGUGUUGGGAUUACAGCUGGUGUGGUCGAUGCGGGAUAUGAAGGUGCCAUGGGGGCUUUGAUGGAGGUCAAAAAUCCCAAUGGGAUUAUUCUUUUACGUGAUGCGAAGCUUGCUCAGCUUGUAGUCCAAGAAUUGGGGGAAACAGUUGAUGGAUACAAGGGUGUUUAUCAGGCUUCAACGAGUAGUGCUGGGCGUGACGGGACGGAAUGAAUGCUUAUCAGCAGAUAUAUGCUUCAUUUUAUACCCUUCAACCAUGAUAGCACCUUAGAUAAAGACUUCUGUUUUGAGGCAAUGCUCUAAUGAACUACUCCAACAGUUCAUCAAAUGACGUGGUCCAGUCAGAUACUAAGAAAGUAGGUGAGCGUGGUUGGACAGAC